UAUGAGAUCUAGUACGACGGUGUUGAUUUUACUCGUUUCCCUGGCUUGUUUCGCCUCGGCGAAUUAUGAGGGGUACCAAGUCUGGAGGAUAAAGCCAACGACGGAGAAUCAAAUGCGAUGGCUGAGUUACGUCGAAGAAAACAUGGCCGAUGAGUUUGACUUUUGGACCGGCAUUUCAAGAAUUCCCGGCCACCCUGUCGAUAUAAUGGUACGACCCAAUGGCCAGGGCACUCUGCGCAUGCUCCUGAAGCAGCAGAAGAUGGACUUUGAAAUCAUGAUUGAUGAAGUCAACAAACUGGUAUCCAAUCAAAUGGCUGAGAUUCUUGCGAGGCGAAAAGGAGAGCAGUCCAUCGGGAUACGUUUAGACAACUUCGACUACAAUGUUUACCACACUUAUGACGAGAUCCAACAAUGGGUAGCUGACAUGGCCAGUGAAAACAGUGACAUUAUCGAACCAUUCCUGCUCGGAAAAUCAUAUGAAGGAAGAGAGAUCAACGGAUUCAGGAUCCGAGGAACUGGAAGCCAGUCUGCUAACCCUCCAGGUGUCUGGUUUGAGGGCGGUAUUCACGCUCGAGAAUGGGUCUCACCAUCUACUGUCAUGGGAUUCACUCAAAAGCUUAUAGACCAAUACCGGGCAGGGGAGGAUCUUGUUGUGAGGAUGUUCGAUAAUAUAGACUGGUACAUCGUUCCUUCUCUGAAUGCCGACGGGUACAGCUACACAUGGACAAACGACCGUUUGUGGCGCAAGACCCGUUCACCCAAUGCAGGUGCUGCAUGCACCGGUACAGAUCCAAACAGAAACUGGCCAUACCAGUGGGGAGGCGUCGGAACCAGCCCAUGGCCGUGCUCGGACAUCUAUCACGGUUCUGAGGCUCUCUCCGAGGUCGAGGUCGCCAACGUCGUCGCGUUCUUACGGAAAAAGAAGACCGAGGGACAAGACUUCAUGGUGUUCAUUGACUGGCACAGUUACUCACAGGUCAUCAUCUCACCGUGGUCCUACCUCGACUCAGAUCCUCGUACGGAGGACUACGAUGACCAGAUGGCAAUGGCUACUGCAAUGAGUGAUGCUAUUUUGGCCACUUCGCAGAAAGUGUAUGGUUAUGGAGCAGGAGCAGAAAUCUUGUACCCCGCAGCAGGCUCGAGCAAGGAUUGGGGCUACGCCUCUUUCUUAGAAAAUUGGGGUGACACUGUAGGGGGGCUUGGGGCCAAGUAUUCUUACACGGUGGAGCUCCGUGACACGGGCGAGUACGGGUUCCUUCUCCCUGAGGACCAGAUACAAGACACUUACGACGAGAUUCACGCUGCCGUGCGCGCCAUCGGCACCCAUGUCCUCAACGAGCUUGGUCUAUGAAAUCAGCCUAGACUCUCGACCACCAACACCAAUCAUGGAUUAUGUUUCUGACAUUUAAUCAUGUUCCUCUCUCUCUCUCUCUCUUCUCUCUCUCUCUCUCUCUAUCUCUCUCUCUCUCUCUUCUCUCUCUUAAACUAAGGAUUGGUUUAAUUAAUUGUUGAUCAUACCUUGUUGUAAUGGAAAUGUUUUAUCUAUAUUAACGUCAUGUGAUUCUGCUAUAUGCAUAUGGUGGAGCUGAACGUUAGAGGGCAACAGUGAUUUAAAAAAAUAUAUAAAUCUUGCUCUUAUCCAAUAUUCAUGAUCUGAUAGCGGCACAAUAUAUCAGAAUUCUGAUCUCACUUGUAAACGUGGUUAUCUAAACCACGUGGCAUUGAAAUGGGCCAGGUUUUAACCGUCAAAAUCUUGGGAGGAUUAACGCAUGUCAUAAAAGCAUGAACGAAGAGGAUAAUAUAUUAUUUUUUUGUAACGCGUCAAUUCGAAGGCAAUAUCAACAGCCUAUAGAAAUACAGUUCGGAUUAUGUAAUAUUUUUGUUGCCUUAUUUUGAUUUUGAUUCUCGAAAGUAUUUGCGAUCAUAAUAGUUCGAUAAAUAUAGAAAUUGCGUUACCGCUUUGAUUGUGGUCUUCGGCUCCUAAUAUUGAGAUAUCUACGUUACUUAUCACAAUGCUAAG